GGCUUUUUCAGCGAUUUGCAGCGUUCGGCGUUGAUCGACGUUGAUCGAUGCGCCCAAGUACUUACGCGCAUUCGGACCCUGGCGCAGCAGAGAUCUUACUGCCAGACCCGGCGACAAUGACGGAGCUCGUCGCUGGCAUCUGCGACGACUUGGCGCGCGAGGCGCCGCCCCGCACCAAGCAGCAGAUCGCCACGCUCAAGCACCGCAAGAAGCAGCAGGACGAGCUCGCGUACUUGAAGGCAACGGUGCACACGUUGCACACCGAGCUUGCUCGGCUCACAACGGAGAAGAGCCCGACGCGCAGCGCGAGUCGCUGGGAGCGACUGGCAAAAGGCGAGCGCAAGCGCCAGCACGACUCGCAGCGUGAGAACCGCCGGCUCAAAGAGAUGCUCGAGGAGCAGGUGCAGUUCGCCGAGUGCCUCGUCAACCUUGUGCGCAAGCGACCAAAGAUGGCGCUCAUCGCUGACAACGAAGACGACCAAUGGCGCCAGCUCGUGCUCGUGGCCGACCCGGCGCUCCGGCGCAUUGCGAUCCCGGCGAUCGUCGACCGCGUGUUUGCCGACCUCGAUAGCGCGUUCAUCGAAGCCGGCUUGAUCGAGUCGCCACUGCACCGCCACGAGUACGUACCCAAGAUCACGCUACAUCAUACACUGGAGAUCCAGACCAUCGUCUGCGUGCCGUUCCCAGCUGCGUUUGGCGUCGCAUGCGAGGCCGUGUGGCGUGUGCUCCGGGGCUCUGUGCCCAUCCCGCAGCUCAACGGGUCGUAUCGCCUCUUGCAUGAAGUCGACGUUGACACGACGUAUGUGGCCGGUGUUCGCCGACACGCUGCGCUCGAGACCCAGCGCCGCGUCGUCGUCAAGCGCUACCACGCCGCGCCGGCCCGCUUUGCCGUCAUCUGUCGGAGCAUUCACGCCGACGCCUUGUAUCCGAUGGACUCAAACUGCGCCCACUCGAACGAAGUGUCGUGGCUCACGGUCGAGCCGCUCUCGUUGACAGCGAGCAUGGUCAAGUUUUUCCAAAAGUCGAGUCCGACCAAGCACGACGGCGCCGCGCUCGACGCCGAGUACCUCAUGGAGGCUUUCUCGAAAAACACAGUCGGGUUUGAAGUCGCGAUUCUCGACGAGAUCCGCACGCUCCUGUAGCUAAUUUAUGUUCUAUCGUCAUCAAUGUCAAAAUGUAUGGUCGUCCCUUCACAUCCA